AUGACCUCGUCGGCGGCCGGCAUCUACGGCAACUUUGGCCAGGCCAACUACUCGGCGGCCAAGCAGGCACUUGGCCACAAGUACAAUAUCACCAGCAAUACCAUUGCCCCGCUGGCGGCCUCGCGCAUGACUGCGACGGUGAUGCCGCAGGAGAUCUUGGAGGCGCUGAAGCCCGAGUUUAUUGCGCCUUUGGUCGGCUUCCUGACCCACGAGACUACCAAGCAGUCAGGCGGUCUGUAUGAGAUUGGCGCCGGCCACGAGGGCGUGGUGUUCAAGGCUGACCAGUCGUUCACCCCGGCGGCCGUCAAGCAGCGGUUCCAGGAGAUCGACGAUUUCGACAACUCGCCGGUCUACUACCCGAGCUCCAUGAAGGACAACGACUGGCUGGGCAAGCUGGAGAUCGCCAAGGGCCUGGCUGCCAACGCCAAGGGCGAUGAGCUGCGCUACGACGGCCAGGUCGUGGUCAACGAUCUGGGCUUCGUCGAGCAGAACGGCAACAAGGUCCGUGCGGCCGAUCUGGUCGUGGCCGACAUCAAGAGCGCUGGCGGCGAGGCUGUCGCCAACUACGACUCGGUGGAGGAUGGCGACAAGGUGGUGGCCACGGCCAUUGAGGCGUUUGGGCGGAUCGACAUUCUGGUCAACAACGCCGGCAUUCUGCGCGACAAGGCGUUCGUCAACGCAACCCCGCAGGACUGGGACCUGGUGUACCGCGUGCAUCUGCGCGGCACCUACAAGGUCACCAAGGCCGCAUGGCCAUACAUGGUCAAGCAAAAGUCCGGCUCCAUCAUCAACACCAACUCAUCGGUGGGCAUCUUCGGCAACUUCGGCCAGACCAACUACUCUGCGGCCAAGGCUGGCAUCCAGGGCUUCACCAACACUCUGGCCAUUGAGGGCGCCAAGUACGGCAUCCGCGCCAACGCCGUCGCUCCCAACGCCGGCACUGCUAUGACCGCCACCAUCAUGCCCGCCGAGGUCGUCGAGAUGCUCAAGCCCGAAUACGUCGCUCCCCUGGUCGGCUUCCUGGCGCACAAGGACACCGAGGCUACCGGCAAAUUGUUCCAGGUUGGCUCGUGCUGGAUUUCUGAGAUCCGCCGCCAGCGCUCCGGUGGCGUCGGCUUCCCGCUGACCAAGCCGAUCACCCCUGAGGCUAUUGCCGGCAAGUGGAAGAAGAUUGUCAACUUUGACGACGGCAAGGCCCACCAUGUGGCCAACACCCGCCAGAGCUCCGCCGAACUACUGGAGAAUGCCUCCAACACCGAGGAGGAGGGCUCAGUUGAUCUCGAGGCUGCCUAUUCCGCUAUUGGCAAGCCCGAGAACUUUGACUACACCAAGCGCGACGUGAUUCUGUACGCCCUGGGCAUCGGCGCCAAGCGCACCGACCUGCCGCUGGUGUACGAGCAUGCCGACAACUUCCAGACCUUCCCGACCUACGCUGUGAUCCCGGCCUUCUUCACCCGCCUGGACAUCACCGAGUUUUUGCCUGAGUUCAACCCGAUGAUGCUUCUGCACGGCGAGCAGUACAUUGAGGUUUUCAACCCCCUGCCCACCGAGGGCCGUCUUGUGUGCACGUCGCAGCUGCGCAACAACGUCCUGGCCAUCUCCGAGUCCACCUCGUUCAUCCGCGGCAUCGGCGGCUUCUCCAAGAAGCCCGGCCGCCUUGGCCCGCCAAACACCAAGCCGGCACGCGCCCCCGACGCCCAGCUGUCGCAGAAGACCUCCGAGGAGCAGGCUGCCCAUUUUACCGUCUGUCGGGGCGACUACAACCCCUUGCAUAUUGACGCCGAGAUGUCCAAGCUCGGCGGCCUUCAAGACCCCGAUUCUCCACGGCCUCUGAAGAACGUCAAGGCCAGGUUCUCCGCUCCGGUUAUUCCUGGCGAGACCCUCGAGACUAGCGUCUGGGCGGAUAAGGAUCCGAAGAAGGUUCUGUUCCAGGUCCGUGUGGUCGAGCGUGAUGUUGUCGCCAUCAGCAAUGCUGCCGCUGAGUUCUCAGUGCCGGUUACUAUUGCUAAGCAGUCCAAGCUGUAAAGAAGCCUUUUUUAGUUUAAUUCCAUUUCUAUUUCAUGUUUCCCCAAGGGACGUGAUUUGCUCUAAGCAUGAUUCAAAGUGCCACCCAUGUAGCAUGCUUGGUAUCUAUUGCGAUAUACUCUUUCGCAGUAACCUGGAGGGAAUGUUCAUUCAUAAUUAUGCGCCUGGCUAAAGUUCAUUUCCCGCCUUUUCUCCUCUGGCGAAGUGGAUUCGAGCUUUAUAGGAUAGACUGUCUACAAAAAUGCAGAGCUCAUAGUACCUGAUAUUACAAUUAGCUAGUUUUAAUCAUUAUUCUCUAUUUUUCCUCCAUAUUAGCCACAUCAUCCG